CCUACGCCAAAGACUCAGGGCUCUACCUCAACGCCACCGACUAUUUUUCAGAAUUUGGAAGGGAGAAGAUGGUUUUGUCAGAGGAUGAAAUCACAAGGCUUUUCAGGAUCAGAAGAACAGUGAUGCAAAUGCUGAGGGAUCGAAAUUAUUUGGUCGGAGAUUUUGAGCUUAACAUGACCAAAGAACAGUUCAGGAACAAAUACGGUGAGAACAUGAAAAGGGAAGACCUUAUCAUCAAUAAAUCAAGGAGAAAUGAUAGCCCUGAUCAGAUUUAUGUCUUCUUCCCUGAGGAACAAAAGGUGGGUGUUAAGACAAUGAAGACUUACAUUAACCGCAUGAAGUCGGAGAAUGUUCUCAGAGCAGUCUUGGUUGUUCAACAGAAUUUGACUCCUUUUGCUCGGACCUGUAUAAGUGAGAUAUCUACAAAGUUCCACUUGGAGGUUUUUCAGGAAGCGGAAUUGUUGGUUAACAUCAAAGAGCAUGUUCUUGUUCCUGAGCAUCAAGUGCUCACAAACGAGGAAAAGAAGACUUUGCUAGAGCGUUAUACAGUGAAAGAAACACAGCUUCCUCGCAUUCAAGUUACUGAUCCAAUUGCAAGAUACUACGGGCUGAAGCGCGGACAAGUCGUGAAGAUAAUCCGGCCAAGUGAGACUGCUGGGCGAUAUAUCACCUACCGAUAUGUUGUAUAAUCUUUAGUUUGUUUCAUUAUUUUAGUCUUGUUAGUGUUUGAUACCUAACCGAAAAUAUUCCGUCUUUGUCACUUUUUAUCCCAAAGGGCGUCUGGACCCUAGAGUUGUUGGAUGAUGGUUGGACCCUAGAGUUGUUGGAUGAUGGUAGUAAGGUUUUUGGUCAAAAUGGAUUCUUAAUAUUUUACCAUGCUUUGUGUA